GAACACACACUAAAGUUUAGAAUCUGGUUUCCAAACUAUAACUGGUAUCUAGUUUAUAAAAUUGAAAUGGCAGGGUUUAUGUCAACACGAUUAGGACGAAAACCUCCAGAUAAAGGGAGCUUUCCACUUGAUCAUGAUGGUGAAUGUAAAAAAGAAAUGUUAAGAUAUAUUAUCUGUCUUCGGAAGAGUGAUCAUGAUAACAAUUCAUGCAGGGUAGAAUCAAAAGAUUAUCUUAAAUGUCGGAUGGACAACAAUCUCAUGGCAAAAGAAGACUGGAAGAAGCUUGGCUAUUCUGACGAUAUUAAAAAGACUGAGGAUACUUGAUAUAUGUGACAGAUAAAAGACUCAUUUAAUGUGCUGUUUUAAAAACUGUGAUAAUCAUGUGUACAGUGAUUUCUAAAGGAAUCAACUUCAUAAAUUGUAAACUACC